AAAAGUGAAAAGUGGGAGUUUGGGUUCUGAGCUUUCACAUACGAAACACAACACAUUCGCCACUUUCCCUUCUUGCAUCUCUCCAAUCACUGUCCCGUUUCGUUCCCCGUUUUCGUUUUUCCUCUUUGGCUUUGCCGAGGAAUUCUUAUCAGAAACUGGGUUUUCAAAAAAAUAAAUCUGUGCCUGUUUCCCUCACAAAUCCGAUCCUUUCUUCGAGCAAGGCAGGAGGCGGAGCUAGAGUAGCAGUAUUAGCGUACUAAUCCCAGCAAAGAGAAGAGCCGAGUUUGGGAUUCUGCGUGUCUUCAGCCUUGUUGUCGAGUUUUGCGGCUCUGUCGAAGAGAAUGAGCGCAGCAGCAACUACAAUGUCUGUAUCUCGGGAAGCUCCGAAUUAUGACGAGCUCUCUAUGCAGCAGAGCCUGCUCUUCUCUGAUAGUCUCAAGGAUCUGAAGAAUUUGAGGACUCAGUUGUACUCAGCAGCCGAAUACUUUGAACUGUCAUACACAAACGACGAGCAGAAAGAAAUCGUUGUGGAGACGCUGAAAGAUUACGCGAUAAAGGCUCUGGUGAAUACAGUUGACCACUUGGGUUCGGUUACAUAUAAAGUCAAUGACUUCCUUGAUGAAAAGGUUGAUGAAGUCUCAGGAACCGAACUGCGCGUUUCUUGCAUGGAACAGAGGCUACGGAUGUGUCAGGAGUAUAUGGAUCACGAAGGGCGUUCGCAGCAAUCGCUCGUGAUCAACACUCCAAAGUUCCAUAAACGAUAUAUCUUGCCCGCGGGCGAAAUGAUGGCCGGAGCCAACCUUUCAAAGCUAAAGUAUGUCGGAUGCAGUUUGGACGACGAAGAUGACUGGAACCAAUUUCGGAAUUCUGUUCGGGCUACAAUUCGGGAGACGCCUCCACCACCGCCACCCGUGAGGAAACCCGCAACUCAGGCCCCAUCUCCACGUCAACCACAACGAUCCGCAACGUUUUCGUUCAGUUCCACCGCACCAAAGCAAGAACAAGUUAAGAGAACAGUAUCGCCACAUCGGUUUCCGCUUCUAAGAUCCGGGUCAGUUGCGAUCCGGCCAUCUUCCAUUAGCCGCCCAACGACCCCGAGCAAGAGCAAACCGGUUUCUCCUAAACGGUAUCCAUCAGAACCAAGAAGAUCGGCUUCAGUUAGGAUGGGCUUCGAGAAAGAACACCAUAAAGAAACAGAACAUCAACCGAGCAAGAGCAAAAGGCUGCUCAAGGCUUUGCUUAGCCGACGCAAAACCAAGAAGGACGAUUCUUUAUACACUUACCUGGACGAAUACUGAAGCGAAAACCCGGUUUUAUUUGUAAACCGAGGCUAAACCAAACCGGGAAAUUGUAUUCUGCUCCAGUUUCAAUUUAUUUAUAUAUCUACAUCUGUAUGGGAAGUUCGAUUAUGGGUCUUUUACUUACGUGAUGUAUACCGAAACCGAUGGUAAAUGUGAAUGCAAUGUCAACGAUUCUUGAA